CUAGUAGCCUAAUGGGCCAUUAUUUCUUAGGUUUCGUGUUAACUUACAUUAAAGGACAAUCGGGCAACUGAUAACGUCAUAUUUUUAGUUAACUUUACACCGGAAGUAAUGUGUUUCAUAUUGGUGCAAUAGACGGACACGAUGACUAGCGGGAAAAGUUGGGCCGAACAGGUUGAUCAGGGGGAUGAAGGCAUCCUUCCUCCACCCAGUGAAGAGUAUGAUGAAAAGAAAGGUUUGAAGACUAUUACAGAGUAUAAGAAUAACGAAGAUGGAAAAUUGAUUAAGGUGAUUCGUACAUUCAAGAUAGAGACAGUACGUCUAUCAAAUUCUAUAGCCAUGAGAAAGACAUGGAAAAAGUUUGGUGCAGCUGCAGGGGAUCCCCCAGGACCUAACCCAUCCAACACAAUUUUGACUGAAGAAGUUUUCAUGCAGUUUGUACAGAACAAAGAGACACCUGCUCCUGAAGAGGAAGAUCCACUAAACAAACUGAAAAACCAAAAGAUUGUAUCUUGUAGAAUUUGUAAAGGAGACCACUGGACUACUAAAUGUCCGUAUAAAGAUACUCUACAGCCGUUACAGGAAAAACUUGAAGAAGGAACGAAAAAACCAGACAUUGCUCCAGUUUCAUCCUCGCCGGCACCUAAACCAACUGGAGGAAAGUACAUCCCACCCACAUUGAGAGAGGGGGCCAACAAAGGUAGAGGGGAAUCAAUGGCCACACAACGGAAAGGUGAUGAAUCUGCAACUAUAAGAGUAACAAAUCUUUCUGAGGACACGAGAGAAUCUGAUCUUCAGGAACUAUUCAGACCUUUUGGUCCUAUUUCAAGGAUAUAUUUGGCAAAAGAUAAAAAUACUGGCCAGUCAAAGGGCUUUGCGUUUAUCAACUUUCACCGCAGAGAAGAUGCAGCUAGAGCUAUACAGGGGGUGUCUGGGUUUGGUUAUGAUCACCUGAUCCUAAAUGUCGAAUGGGCAAAACCUUCGGCACAACAAUAGCGACUGCUUAUAAUUUAUUAUGUGAUUGGAACUUCGUAACAAUGUUGUCUUAGGAGUGUACUUCGACUAUAAAUUUUAAAAUAGGGAAACGAAUUCAAGUCAUUCUACAGCAGGUAGAAAACUAUUACUAGACACAGAAAAGUUAGUCUUAUUAUAAUUCUGUCACAAGAAAUUGAUGAAAUGCUUCUGAAUCAAACAAAAUCUUUUGUGUUGAAAUAAUAAAUGUCUUAUUUCAUUU